AGAGAGAGAGAGAGAGAGAGUGAAGCAAUAUAUGAAACCCUGCUUCCAUUUCAAGUGAGAAGCUAGCUAGCAAAAGCUCCAUCAUGAGCAAGCAAUGGCUUAUGAAGAGCAUGCCUGUGUUUGCCAUGAUAAGUUUGCAGUUCCUAUAUGCAAGCAUGUCCAUUGCAACCAAAGCUACCCUAGACAAGGGUUUCAGCCCCUUAAUCUUUCUUGUUUACAGGCAAACAGCUUCCUCUAUUUUCCUAACACCUAUAACCAUCAUAACUAUGAGGAGGAAACCAGCUGAGAGGACCAUGGGAAAGAAGGGCUUUUUUCUAGUGUUUAUGGCUGCUAUUAUUGGAGUGACAUUAAAUACCAACUUCUAUUACGAAGGAUUGAAGCUGGCUUCUGCAACUAUGGCUAGUGCCAUGUCCAACUUAAUCCCAGCAGUAACCUUCCUCAUAGCAGCUGCUGUUGGAUUGGAGAAGGUGAAGCUCAGAAACAUUAGAAGCAUGGCGAAGGUUUUGGGAACAAUUACAUGCGUGGGUGGAGCAGCUGUCAUGGUGUUGUUAAGAGGCCAAAAGCUUCUCAGCACAGAUUUCAAAGGGAUUAUUUUAAGCUCAUUUUUGCAAGGAGCAGGUGAUCAAUGGCUGCUGGGCUUCUUCUUUCUUGUAGCCAGUUCCACUUGCUGGUCUACAUGGCUUAUUUUGCAGGUGCCUAUAUGUAAAAGUCAUCUUGAUCCACUGUCAUUGUCUACCUGGAUGUCUGUAAUAUCAGCCAUUCAAACAGCCCUUUUAGCUUUGCUCAUAGAACCAGACUGGAGGGUGUGGAGAGCUGAUUCAGGCUUAUCUAUCCUAAUCUGCUUUUAUACUGGAGUCUGCUGUGCUGUUAGCUACUUCGUCCAGUCAUGGUGCAUAGCAAUCAGGGGGCCAUUAUUUUCUGCCAUGUUCAGUCCUCUCUGCACUGUCAUUACAACAAUUUCUGCUUCUUUCUUACUCCAUGAAGAACUCUACAUUGGGAGCUUGGUCGGCGCGGCGGCCAUUAUAGCCGGUUUAUACGCAGUGCUUUGGGGGAAAGCUGAAGAUAUCAAUGGCGGCAGCAAAGAGUCACAUUAUGAUGAUGAUAAUGCUAUCAAGAUCAGGAGUUCUGAAGAGAAUCCUCCCACAAACAUUUCUGAAAACAACCUCCAAGAACCCUUAAUUCGUUUUUCAGAUGAACACUGCUAGUUUUAAUCUCACUGAAAAUUUCAUAAAUUAUAUUUGCACCCUCUGCAAACCUUUAUUUCUGCCUCAAUAAAAUCUUUUGUCUACUUCCUCCAUAAAAGGAGGUCUCGCUUUAGGAAGAAGGGGUACCAAACAUAAUUUACAUAAUUAUUUCAAUACUUUGAUGUCUUGUUUUUGGUUGGCAAAGCUUUGAAUGUCAAGGUUCAUUGUGCAAAUGAUAAGAAGAAUGUGUGGAUUAAUGUAAAAGUGAACAAAAGCUUUCAAAAUCA